AUGAAAUUUAAUGCAAACGCUUUUGACGAAUGUGUCAACGCUGCGACCGAUGAGAAACUCACUAAAGAGGACUGGUCGUUGAUGAAUGCUGUAUGCGAGAAAGUAUUUAAAGCUGGAGAUCAAGGCUCUAAAGAGUGUAUCGCUUCCAUUCAAAAGCGGUUAAUUCACCGAAACGCCAAUGUACAACUGUACGCUUUAACAUUAACUAAUUAUCUUGUUAAAGAAUGUGGACUCAGUCUUCAUAGGGAAAUCUGUUCACGAGCAUUUAUAUCAGUUCUUACAAAAAUUUUAAAUGAUAGGAAUGCUUACGAUGCAGUAAAGAACAGAAUACUUGAUCUGAUUCAAGAAUGGAGCAGUGAAUUUCGUUCAAAUCCAUCGUUAAGUCUUAUGGAAGAAACUCGUAGGCAGUUACAAGCACAAAAUUUCCAAUUUCCUCCUCAGAAACCUCAGAAAGACCCAAGUGAACGAAGAAAAAAAGAAGAUGAUGACUACAAAUUGGCAUUGAAACUUUCAUUGGCAGAAAAUUCAGAUAAAAAACCCACUCAAUCAGUGAAAUCUUUGCAUUCUUCAAAUCCGAGCACCCAGGACAAGGGUCUUUCCCAAGCACCUAGCGUCACACGGGUUAGAGCAUUAUAUGACUUUCAUCCGACUGAGAGUAAUGAACUCGGAUUCUCUUGUGGAGAUAUUAUUAAUGUUAUAGAUAAUGUCUAUAAGGAUUGGUGGAAAGGAGAGCUACGUGGCAAAACUGGUAUUUUUCCUGUGAAUUAUGUGGAAAAAAUAACUGAGCCAACACCAGCAGAUAUUCAAAAAGAACUCGAAAUGGAAGUAAAUGUUUUUUCUCAGAGUAAAAACAUUGAACGUCUUCUAGAGUUGCUUGAAGGAUUUGACCCACAAAAGGAUAGUUUCACGACAAAUGAUGACAUUCAGAAUUUGUAUAAUGUGACAUUACCGAUCAGACCUAAAUUGACGAUAUUAGUAGAGAAAUAUACCAAGAAGAAAGAUUAUUUAAUUGAACUACAUACAAAAUUUGUCAAGGCAAUUAGUACCUAUGAGCAGCUCAUGAAUGAUUCAUUUAUGAGAUACACUAAUCCUCAUCAAGUUAAUCCGGCUUACAUCACACCACAAGGUUAUGUACCACAAAAUUCGACUUUCAUAGGAUAUCCCAAUGCAUCGCAACAAAUCUAUUCUGUACCAAGUCAGAUGGAUUCUACAGCCCCAUUUAAUCAGUCUACAGACCAACAAUCAAAUGUAUAUCAAGCACAGCAACAGUCUCAAUUUUACCCCGUCGGUCAUCAAAACGGAUAUGCACCUAAUCAACAGCCUCAAUAUGGAUCUCAA